CAAGGAGCUUCUUGAGGACAGACGCUUGCUUAACGCGUGCCUCGAGCAUGUUGAGAGUGAAUUGAGGGGGCGGACGGUGAGAUGAGAUGAGGAGAGGAGGGGGUGAUGAGAGAGCCGACGGAGGUGGUGGAUGAUGGAGACUGGAGGAAACGACAAAUGUUGUCUUCAGGCUCCCAGGGAGGACGCGUCGCGCCGCUCAUCAGACUGGUUGACGCGUACCGUCACCCAUUUAGUACAUUUUCCACGUCAUUUUGUUACCACGUGUUUUGCGCGUGGAAUGAUGUCGGCCUCCACCCGGAUCUGACGCGUCGACACUCGCCGCCUGAAAGUGCGCAGGCCCGCGCGGCAACACGUUCGAUAAUCUCCAUCUCACGCUUGUUAGCAAAUCGUCUUCGUUCUCAUCUCCUCUUGUUACAUCAGUCGCCCGUAGCAAGCAAUCAAGGCAGCCCUUCACCUUAUCAAGAGCUCUUUAAUCCUGCACCAUGGCAGCGCUCAACUGCCAGCCGCUGUACGAGACGUACAAUGUCUACGUUUCACCCAGCUCUUACGUCUUUGAGCCUUCCAGCUCUACUGUUCCUGCUCUCGGUACUGAUUCGUCGCGCUUGACCAACGAGAAGGAUGUGCGCGAGAACCUCGUCGUUGACCGCCGCUCCGGACGGAUCUCGCUUGACGUGUCCUCCUCAAUACCCGUGGGCCGUGACAAGGUCAUCACUUGCUACGGAAUUCUGGGCAUGAUUACCCUCGCCACCACCGACUAUAUCGUCAUUAUUACGCAGCGCACGCCGAGCUGCCGUCUCCUCACGCACCAGAUCUAUCUCGCCACCGAUUUCCGCCUCCUUCCUCUUAACCCGGCUUCGUCGUCCCAGGCUAUCCUGGGCAACCCCAUCGAGAAUGAGCUCGUGUCGCUUGUGGAGCAGGGUCUUAAGGCCGGCCCGAUGUGGUUCUCCUACGGCUGGGACCUCACCAACACUCUUCAGCGCCAGAAGGCUCUCGAGGACGCCGGUAUGGGCCCGGGACGCGCACCGCUUUGGAAGCGUGCAGACGAGCGUUUCUUCUGGAAUCGGUUCCUUCAGGACCGUUUCAUUACCCUCACCGAGAGUGGUACUGACCUGAGCCGCUUCAUUCUUCCUGCCAUGUUCGGAUUGCUCGAGCUGCGCUCCGCUGUCAUCAACAACCGUGAUUUCCUCUUUUGCCUCAUCGCGCGCCGCUCGCGCCACCGCGUUGGCACCCGCUACUUCACACGCGGAAUUGACAACAACGGCAACGUCGCCAACUUCAACGAGACAGAGCAAAUCGUGCUUCUUGACCCGAUCGAUGACACCAAGUCGAUGCGCGGUCGCGUUGAUGGCCGAGAGCGCUUGUCGUUUGUUCAGAUUCGUGGAAGUGUCCCAGUGUUCUGGGCGGAAAUCAACAACCUGCGGUAUAAGCCCGACCUUCAAAUCAUGGAUAUUCCCGAGACGGUUGGCUCGUACCGCCAGCACAUGCACCAACUGGUCGACAAGUACGGCUCGGUGUACUCGCUCAACCUUGUCAACCAAAAGGGCUACGAGAAGCCAGUCAAGGAUGCCUUCGAGACCGUCGUCAAUGUCACCAACAACAGCGACCGCCAGCUGGCGGAGCAGACCCGAUACAUUUAUUGGGACUUCCACGCCCAGUGCAAGGGUAUGCGCUUCGAUCGCAUUGAGAACCUCGUCGGCGACUUGCAAGAGCAGCUCCUCGCCGAUGGGUGGUAUCAUACGGUCGCUCCUGCUCCGUCUGGCGUAGGCAACUCGAGCGCUGGAGCAAGGGUUCUCAGCGUGCAGAAGGGUGUCAUCCGCUCCAACUGCAUGGACUGUCUGGAUCGUACCAAUGUUACUCAGGCCGCGUUUGCUAAAUGGGCAUUGAACCAGCAGCUCCGCCAGGUUGGCAUCCUCAGCGUCAAGGAAGGCGUCGAGGAUCACCCCGAGUUCAUGCUCAUCUUCCGCAACGUGUGGGCCGACCACGCCGAUGGUGUCUCCAAAGCAUACGCCGGCACUGGUGCGCUCAAGACCGACUUUACUCGCACGGGCAAGCGCUCCAAAGAGGGUCUUUUGCAAGACGGCAUUAACUCCGUUAUGCGCUACGUCAAGAACAACUUCUUUGACGGCGACCGCCAAGAUUCGUACGAUCUCAUCACGGGAUCGUAUGUGGUCCGCCGCGGGGGGAUCCCGCCGCUCAGCGACACUCGUCCGGUCCUCCUCCGCUCAAUGCCCUAUAUACUGGUGUUUGCACUCACGAUGAUCCUCGCGGCCCUUACUCUGCCGCGUACAUCUGGUGCGUCAGCCGGCAGGCUUCGCUGACAUACAGAGUGGUCCAUUUAUUCCUUCCUCCUCCUCUGGCUAGCGCUUGCUUUCGUCGCCGGCUCGUACAUUUGGGGCAACGGCACUUCGUAUGUCGCUUGGCCGCGCCUGAACCCGCCCCACGAGAUCCUUUCGUACGAGGGGCCUGGCUUCCGCGGCACGCGUCGGGGACGCGGCAUGAGCAUCUCGAGUACUGUGCCGCACAAGAAGUCACGCUCCAAGUCACGCGUCUUCGAUGACAUUGAGCUCAAGAAGAAGGGCUCGCUGAUCGACUAGAAGCAUCUGGGAAAAUUGGAGGAUAUCUCUUGGCGCACCGGGACAUGC